AUGGAUGACAUCCUCGUCGCAAGUCCAUCUCCGGAGGCUCAUCGAGCCCACCUGCGCGCCCUGUUCUCGCGCCUGGAGGACUACGGAGUCUCCAUCAAUGCCGCGAAUGGCGGCCUUCUUCGUUGCACGCUUUUCCGAGCGUUCCGGAAAGAAGCUCGGCGACCCCUGCUCAACAAAUUUAGAAGCCUUGGUGCGUCCGAGUGGUUCCUGGACUUGGCGACUCGAGUCCUGGACAUUCCGGAAAGGUGGAUCCAACGUCGUGUGGCCUUUGAUGACCGCAGCAAUCGAGUCUCGGAAGGCGCUCUGGUGCAGAGGUUCACUCUGAAACGACAGCUGGGUGUAGUUUGGAACUGGCAACACUGGACGUUCGAAAGAGACUCGCCCAGGGCCCACGUCGACGUCGAUUACCGGGUGCUCUGCAGUCCUGGAUUCACCGGUGCUAACUGCUCUGAAGAAUGCCCUGGACCUGAUGCUGUGAACCCUCGUUUCACGUGCCUGCCAGACGGAGCCAAAGAGUGCAACGCUGGAUGGUCUGGCGAAGAGUGCGACGUACCAGUUUGCGCCGAUGGCUGCCAUCCAGAUCAUGGUUUCUGCGACAAACCCGGAGAAUGUCGCUGCCGUAUGGGAUGGGAAGGUCCCCUUUGCGACCGAUGCGUGACGAUGCCCGGAUGCGUGCACGGCUCCUGUAAUGCUACCUUCGAGUGCAAUUGCGAACCAGGAUGGGAUGGCUUCUUCUGCAACAGACCCAUGUGCGGCGAUGGCUGUCAUCCCACUCGUGGAUACUGUGAGAGACCGGGACAAUGCAGCUGCCGCUUUGGGUGGCAGGGCGAAAGGUGUGACAGUUGCAAGCCGCUGCCUGGCUGCGUCCACGGCUCGUGUCACAAGCCAUUAGAGUGCGUCUGCGAAGAAGGAUGGAUGGGCAUCUUCUGCCACAUACCGGUGUGCUCUUCCAAGUGUCACUUCGAACAUGGCUACUGCACAAAGCCUGACGAAUGCAGAUGCCGCAUUGGAUGGACUGGAAAAAACUGCGACAAGUGCUUUCCGUACCCAGGAUGCAGACAUGGUGCAUGCACCAAACCAUGGGAAUGCAUGUGUGAACCAGGCUGGGGAGGAACCCUGUGCGAUCAAGAAUUGAAGUACUGCGAAGAGCACGCUCCCUGUGAAAAUGGCAGCACGUGCCUGAGCCUAUCUGAAGAAGAUGGAUUCUAUCGCUGCGUUUGCCCGGACGACUUGUCCGGCAGGAACUGCACGGUGCCCGUAACACCGUCCGAUAUUUUUCUAAUCUCCAGAAACAGAAUUGCCGGAGAAAUAUUCUGAGGUACAUGCAUCGUGGAUUGUAUUCGGUUGUGUCAUCACAUACUCAUUCGUAGAUGUCUAUUUUCUAAGGAAGGACAUCGUCAGAUUAAUUUAUUGUCUCAUCAUUGUCAGGCGUCAGUACGCCUUCGGGACUGAUUCAUUUCGAUUUCAUAUUGCCAAAGUGGUGAGAUUGUUGUUCUAAGGAGUGCCAUUCCUCGUUCAAUAGCUGUACAUAAUAUGUACGCCUUUUGUUUUCGUUCUGAAGACUCCCUGCUCGGAAGCUCUUAUUUAUUGAAUAGUAUUACCUUUGCGGGAAUGGCUCCUGGUGCUGCUGUGAUUGGUGGUGUUGAAUAAACUAUAUUGAUUAGCAACUGUACGUGUUCACCAAGGGCAUCGGAACAGAUAUAUCCGUUAUCAGCACAUGAAACUUUUAGCAUCGCAUUUUUGGGAGUCAUAAUCAUUUUGAAGACAGUACCUAAAACGAAUGAACGGAAACUCAAACGA